AUGCCUCUCAUAACAACCAGUCCCAAAUCCCGAAUCAUACUCGGUCUCAUGAACUUCGGACCUGACCCCUCCACCGGCGCACGUAUAACCUCAUUAGAUGAAUACAACACCCUUCUUGACCAUUUUCAAGCCGCUGGGUUACAAUUUGAGACGAGUUUGAAGGAGUUAGGGACCAAUUGUGUGGAUAUAUUUUACUUGCAUGCUGCUGAUCGCGCAACACCAUUCACAGAUACAUUGGCAGUUCUCGAUAAGCUUCACAAACAGGGCAAAUUCGUCCGCCUGGGUCUUUCCAACUUCACAGCUUUUGAAGUCUCGGAAAUAGUCAUGCAUUGCAAAUACAACAAUUGGGUGCGUCCGACGGUCUACCAAGGAAUGUACAACGCCAUAACUCGUUCUCUCGCCUCAGAACUCAUCCCCUGCUGCAAACGCUACGGGAUUUCCGUCGUCAUAUACAACCCUAUUGCAGGAGGUCUUUUUUCAGGCGCCUAUAAAUCUUCAGAGAUCCCGACCAGUGGACGCUACAGCGAUGCCGUGGGAAAAUUGGGCGAAAUGUACAGAAAACGCUAUUGGAAAGAAUCGAACUUCUCCGCAUUAAAAAUGAUCGAACCCGUUGUCCAAAAGCACAAUUUGACAAUGGUAGAGACAGCACUACGGUGGUGCAUACAUCACAGCGCACUUAACGUAUUGGAUGGCGAUGAUGGGAUUAUUAUGGGCGCAAGUAGUGUUGAGCAAUUAGAUUCGAACUUGAAGGACUGUGAGAAGGGACCCUUGCCUGAAGAGGUGUUGAAGGUUUUGGAUGAGGCGUGGAUGGUUUGUAAGGCGGAUACACCGGAUUAUUGGCAUUUAGAUUUGAAGUAUAGUUAUGAUACUAGAAAGGCUCUUUUUGGUGUAUAG